UGUAGUCCAAAAUAGAGACACACUGUCCCAGUUUCCUUAAGAUAGCGCAGAUAAACAAUCUUUCGCGCAGGCCUGUACUGGAUUUCCUCGUAGGCCGCGCCUAAAAACAGCCUGCACGGUCCGCCGCAGUUCGCCAGCUGUCAUUCAGCCUCAUCUUCAGGGACGUCAACAACAAGGCAGGCGACGUGCGAGACGAGCCCCGCUGCGUGUCGAGGGGAGUCGACGGGCGAGCCCCCAGCGAGCAAACUAAUGUUUACAACAGGCUGCAUCACUGACUGAGGCGACGCGUCGAACAUUUCUGGCCUUUUAAACGUGGAAGAAAGAGGGUGUCAUUUCUCCUUGAAUGAGUGACCAAGAGAUUGACAGUCUCUGUGAUCCGUGAAGGGCACACAUGGCCCACCAAGUCCGCGACCACCAGAGUCACCUGCCUGUGGCCCAGGCCACUGUGUUGACUCUGCCACCGUCCAACCAAGCAAAGGACCUGAGAUCAAGAUGGACCACUCUGGACUCCCUGCUGUGUGGUGCAUUUGCUGGAGCUGUGGCCAAAACAGUCAUUGCACCUUUAGACCGUACCAAGAUUAUUUUUCAAGUGUCUUCAAACAGAUUUUCUGCCAAGGAGGCCUUCAGGCUCAUCUACUGCACCUACAUGAAAGAUGGGCUGCUUAGCCUGUGGAGGGGAAACUCUGCCACUAUGGUGAGAGUCAUGCCCUACGCUGCCAUUCAAUUCUGCUCACAUGAACAGUACAAAAGACUGCUGGGGAGUUACUAUGGCUUCCAGGGAAAAGCUCUCCCCCCGUUCCCUCGUUUGUUGGCGGGGUCUCUGGCGGGCACGACCGCUGCCAUGCUCACCUACCCACUGGACAUGGUGAGAGCCAGGAUGGCCGUCACAGCUAAAGAAAUGUACAGUAACAUUAUGCAUGUGUUUGUACGGAUCUCCCAAGAAGAAGGUGUGAAGACGCUUUACCGAGGCUUCACUCCCACUAUCCUGGGUGUCAUCCCUUACGCAGGAAUCACCUUCUUCACAUAUGAAACACUUAAAAAAUUACAUGCAGAAAAGACAAAGCGGUCUCAGCCUUACCCUCAUGAGCGCUUAGCCUUCGGUGCCUGUGCAGGGCUCAUUGGACAGUCAGCUUCAUACCCCCUGGACGUGGUGCGGCGACGCAUGCAGACCGCCGGAGUCACCGGCUCGUCCUACAACACCAUCAUGGGGACCAUGCGUGAGAUCGUAACCCAGGAGGGUGUCACACGCGGACUGUACAAAGGCCUGAGCAUGAACUGGGUUAAAGGCCCCAUUGCAGUGGGAAUCAGCUUCACUACGUUUGACAUCACACAAAACCUGCUGCUCAAAUUGCAUCAGAUGAGCUUCUUCAUCCACUGAAUCACGCCAGAGUGGCGAGAAUGUAACAGGGAGGCAAAUCUCUGCUUGUUCAGACGGGCAUCUUUCUGCAGUUUUGGUUCAGAUAUGCAGGACAGCAGAGGUAUGGAUGAGUAGACAGGAGAGCUGUUAGCCGCACAGGUAAAGACACUCAUCGAGGAAAAGGAACGGUUUUUUAGGAAGUGUUGUUCACACUAUGGAAACUUUGUUGUGAAAUGACUGUCAUUGUAGUUAAAAUCAUAACAAUAUGAGGAAACUAAUUCACACAGUGAAUUGCGCUUUUCUGCUAAUCUUUGCACUUUGUCAGACUUGCAUUAGUUUUUAAAUUCAGUCCUUAGAAAACACAGAGACCUGAAUCAUUCAGUUUAUCCAGAGAAAAUCCUACUUUAAAAAAAACUAAAGGAAAAAAAGAUCAAUGUUUUUGAUCUUGAAAACUUGACACCUCAGGCAAUUAUUUGUGGCUGCAAUGUUGGUGUCUUUUUUUAAUCUAGCACUCAGUGACGGUGCCAAUGUUGGACUGAAUGUAUAUUAAUGGAGUGAGCGAAUGUCGGAGGGUGGUGUUGUCAGCGGGACUGCACACGUUCAAUAUCUGCCCUGCACACAGCUGUGGAGUCUGGAUGCUAAUCAAACAAUGAAUAAAUCUGUCUGUAGGUUUAAAUAUGUUAAAAUGUAUUACAAAUUGAUUUAUGUGUGUAUUAUUUAGGUUGCACCUUUUGUACUGUGCUCACAUUGUUGUGCAGAUUACAUGAAUGCUAUUAUUCCUAAAGCAUUGUUUAACCCCCCUCCCCAAAAAAAUGAAAACACUGUUAACCCAUAUAUGUGUUUUAUGUGCAAAGCAUUUCAAGUAUACAGUGUAUAAAUACAGUGUAUCCAAAGAUCUAUAUUUGCUGGGUUUUUUUCUCAAAUCACAGCUGACCUUGCAAUAAAGUGUUUGA